GUGAAUUGGAAGCUUUAAUUUGUACUCAAAAUUAUUGCUUACUGUUUAAAGAAUUUGGUUCUUUUUUUCUUCUUUUCUUUUAAAAAAGGAAAAUUUUCUUCUGCUGAUUUGUAACUUAUCAUUAAAUUUUUUGCAGCAACCAAAUGUUUCCGUACCAAUUUUGGCCGGAAGUAAUGCCUCAACGGCAUCUGAAGAACAGCCACAACCGCGAAUUGCACCGGCACCUCGUAAACGGGUCAGUGAUAAAUCUGUGGUACCGAUGGCUGGAGAUUUACUUCGAAAUCGGGAUUAUUACCGGAAUAAUGAUGUCCGACCGCCAUAUACAUAUGCAUCACUUAUUCGACAAGCAAUCAUGGAAUCAAAGGAUUGUCAAUUAACGCUAAAUGAGAUAUAUCAGUGGUUUACAGAAUCGUUUGCAUAUUUUCGAAGAAAUGCUGCAACUUGGAAGUUGUUUUUGGAAAUGCAGUUUCUAAAAUAUGCACUUAAUAAUUACUGUUAA